CACUUCAAAAUUGAAUUAAUUUAUUUGCGUUAUUAUGUCUUAAUUUUUCUUCUUCUUCUUCAGCUGCUACUACUAUUUCUCUCUUUCUCUCUCUACUGAUUUUCUCUCUCAAUUUCUCCGGCGAACAUUUCUUCUUCCUUUGACUUGCACCGAUCACAAUCCACUGCCGCCGACGACUUAGUCAGCCAUGGGUCAUUGCUGCAGCAAAAUUGCUGUCGACAACGAAACAAUCACCACCGAUCACAACCACAAACCACCACCUAAUCACGCACCAUCACCGUUUUCUCAACCUAUUUCCACCGUUAGCGAUGCUACACCAGGAAGACAAACUCCGGCGACAUCUUUCUCCACAAGUCCUUUCAAUAGUCCUCUUCCUGCAGGUGUUAUGCCGUCUCCGGCUACCAAGACUCCUGGUAGGAAAUUCAGGUGGCCACUUCCUCCACCGUCUCCGGCAAAGCCGAUUAUGGCGGCUUUGAUGAGACGGCAAGGGAAGACGAAACCGAAAGAUGGACCGAUACCGGAGGAACAAGGUGGGGAAGGUGGUGGAGAUGGAGAGAGAACGUUGGAUAAGAGUUUUGGAUAUGGGAAGAAUUUUGGGGCCAAAUUUGAGCUUGGUAAGGAAGUUGGUCGAGGGCAUUUUGGUCAUACUUGUUGGGCUAAAGGGAAGAAAGGUGAACUUAAGGGAGUAUCAGUUGCUGUCAAAAUCAUUACCAAAGCUAAGGUGAAAAUUAGGAUCAUAAAUUUUAUAUUUUUUAUAUAAAAUUUGGUUUUUGAUGAUGAUGAUUAAUUGAAAAAGUCAAUUGUUAAGAUAAUUUGAUGCGUGUUUAGUACUCUAGUCUUGGUCAAUGAAUUCAAGAUCAAUUGUUGACUUUUGUGAGUAUUUUGAUUUUGAUGAUUCAAUUGAAGUUUGUGAUUAGUGUUUGUUUAUGUUUUUGGUUUUGAAUUUGGUAGCUCAGUUUGGAAGUCAAGUUAACUUCUUUGGAAAACUAUGAUACCAAAUUUGAAUUUUUUCCAUGUUUAGUUGAUAUAUUCGGAAUCGAUACCAUUAAUAAUACAUUAUGGAAAAUGGUAAGGUAGUAUAGUUUUGCAAAGAAGUUCGAAAUGGUUAUACUUUUAUUGGAUAUGUUAGAUGUUGCUUUCCAUAGUAUUAAGACAACCUUUGUCAUUGACAUUUUCUAAAUUAAUGCUGCUUUAGGUAGUCAAUAGCGGCUGCUGUAGAGUAGAGGUGUCACGUAGCAUAGCAGCCCCUAGAGGUUAUAUGAAACCCUACUACGUUGCACUUUUUAGUAACGGCUGUAGCAGCCAAACAGGUGAUGCAACGGUCGUUACAAUGAAGCUCCCAUAAAAACCCGAACAUGCAACUAACUCUGUUUUUUUUCCCUUCCUUUUUUAGAUGUUGAUAGCUUUAAAAUUGAAGUUUCAAUCAAAAGUCAAUUGUUAAGAUUAUUGAUGUGUUUUUACUUGGGAGUUUAGGUGGUAUGCAUGUUUGGUACUCGGUCAAUUCAGGAUCAAUUGUUGAAUUUUGUGAGUAUUUUGAUGAUUGAGAUGAAUUUCGUGUUACGUUGGUAAGUUUUAGUGGUAAAUGUAAUAUGUGAUUAGAGUUUUCUAUUUUUUUUGAAUUUGGAAGCUCAAUUUAGCAGUCAAGCACUCUUUGAAAAGCUGUGAUACCAAAUUUGAAUUUGUUUCAACUUUAGCCCAUAUAUUAUGAGUGGAUACCAUACCAAUACGAUAAUGGAACUUGGUAAGGUAGUAAGUAACCUAUGUUAUUGGUAAUGUUUUGCAAUGAAGUUCCAAAUUAUUUUAUUGGUAACGUUAAAUGUUCCUCUCCUGUUUAUAGUAUUAAAUUAACCUUUGUUAUUUCCAUUUUCUAAGUUAAUGUUGGUCUCAGUAGUCCAUGGUGGCCGCUACAGCAGUGUUGUGUAGCAUAGCAGCCCCUAGGGAUUAUAACUUAUACGAAACCCCACUGUGUUGCAUUUUUCAGUAGCAGCUGUUACAAUGAAGCUCCCGUAAAAACCCGAACAUGCCACUAACUUAUAAUCAGUCCCUGUGGUUGUUUUUUUUAUUAUUUAUUUUUAAUAAUUUUUUUGGUCUUUUACCCUAAAACUUAUUCGAUUUAAAUUGGGCUUGAAUAUGGGUAAAAAAGAACUAAGUCACGAAUACCAGAAUAUGUCUUUAACUUUACGUAUUCUCAUAUUUUUAUAUUUUAUAUGUGUAUGGGAAUUAUUAUGAUAUAAAUUUCUCGUAUUGUUACAUUAAGAUGUAACAGCCGUAUUACUAUCCGUUGUACUGCAACACAUUUUGGGGGUUGGCCGCUACACUCCACUAUCCACCAUUACAUAUAUGCUGGUACGAUAAAGGAAAAUGCCUGAAAACCUGUUUUUCCAAUCAAAUUCAUAAGUACCGAAAGCCAAACAUUACAGGAUUAAUUAUGCCAGAUAAUGCUUCUUUUAAAAGGGAAACCAUCGGGGAAAAAUGAUGUGGCAAAGAAAUUUGGUUGCAACUGGUUCUUAAUCUCUGGUUGGUUUCUUGGGAGCAUCACAAUAAAUUGUUGAGAUUAGGGUGGCAAAAAUGUUGGAGUUACUAUGUGACUAGAAAAGCACGGCUCUUAAAAACAGCUUGCCGCAAAUACUUUACAAAUGCACGGCGAGGUUGCUUACAGUAGACUCCCAAAGGGUCCAAAAACUAAGAAAAAGAUGACUUCGGCAAUAGCAAUUGAAGAUGUGAGGAGGGAGGUGAAAAUGUUGAAGGCCUUAUCUGGACAUAGGAAUUUGGUCAAGUUUUAUGAUGCAUUUGAGGAUGCGAACAACGUCUACAUUGUGAUGGAGUUGUGCGAGGGCGGAGAAUUACUGGACAGAAUUCUAGAUAGAGGUGGAAGAUACCCAGAGGAUGAUGCCAAAGUUAUUCUUCUACAAAUUCUGAAUGUAGUUGCCUUUUGUCAUCUUCAGGGAGUUGUUCAUCGCGAUCUAAAACCAGAGAAUUUUCUUUUUGUCUCAAAAGAUGAGGAUGCUGUUUUGAAAGUUAUUGACUUUGGUCUAUCUGAUUUUGUUAGGCCAGAUCAACGCCUCAAUGAUAUUGUUGGUAGUGCCUACUAUGUUGCACCUGAAGUGCUCCAUAGAUCGUAUAGUGUUGAAGGAGACUUAUGGAGUAUUGGAGUUAUAACUUACAUAUUGUUAUGUGGAAGUAGGCCGUUUUGGGCACGGUCUGAAUCAGGAAUCUUCCGGUCUGUGUUAAGAGCAAAUCCUAACUUUGAUGAUUCACCUUGGCCAUCAAUAUCACCAGAAGCUAAAGACUUCGUGAAGAGACUUUUGAACAAAGACCACAGAAAAAGAAUGACUGCUGCUCAAGCUUUAUCUCACCCGUGGUUGAGAGAUGAAAAAAAUGCCAUUCCUUUAGAUAUUUUGAUUUACAAGUUAGUCAAGUCAUAUGUGCGUGCCUCACCUUUGAAGCGUGCAGCGUUGAAGGCUCUCUCAAAAGCAUUGCCAGAUGAAGAGCUUACCUACCUUAGAGCACAAUUUAGCCUCUUGGAACCUAGAGAUGGUUUUGUUUCACUCGAGAAUUUCACAGUUGCUCUAAUGAAAAAUGCAACUGAUGCCAUGAAGGAAGCAAGGGUCCCUGACAUUCUAAAUUUGAUGGAUCCGCUCUCCUAUAAAAGAUUGGACUUCGAAGAGUUUUGCGCUGCUGCAAUAAGUGUAUACCAGCUGGAAGUUCAUCCAGAUUGGGAUAAAAUUGCCACCGCAGCUUUUGAUUAUUUUGACGAGGAAGGGAACCGUGUCAUUUCACUCGAGGAGUUGGCACAGGAGAUGAAUUUGGGGCCUUCUGCUUACUCUUUAAUGGGUGAUUGGAUCAGAAAAUCCGAUGGAAAACUCAGUUUGGUCGGAUAUACGAAGUAUUUGCAUGGAGUCACAAUUCGUAGUUCAAAUACAAGACACAGAUAGCUAUGAUGAUUAAAAGGAGAUGUUAUUAUAUUUAUUGAAAUUAGUUUGUGUUCUUUUCUUUUUAAAUUUGAAUUGAAAUAUUUUCUUUUUGAAUUGAAAGGAAAAUGGUACAAAGGGUCUAUAAGCAAAUAUUUUUUGGGGACUUUGGGGAUUGUAUUGUAUCAGUAUCAGUAUCAUGAUGGAAAAGUAGAGGUAGCUAACAUAUUGUUUUGUUCCUCAUGUGAUAUUUGUGGUGCAAAGUAAAAAUUCUCUCAUUUUACUUGUGAGCAUAAAUGCAACUUGCUUUCUUAUAA